AUGGCCGCAGCUGCUAUCGAAACAGGAGCCGUCAGGCCAACUUAUUCCGCGAGCGCCUACUGGGAUACUCGCUACAUGGGGCCAGCAAAAAAUUUUGACUGGUUCUUCAAUUAUCCAGCCUUAAAAGCGCUCCUUCGGGAGUACCUGCCGACCGGCCGGGUUCUGCAUGUCGGAUGUGGGAACAGUAAUAUCCAGGAGGGUAUGGCAGCGGACGGCUUCACCGUAACAAACGUUGAUAUUUCGCCCGUUGUCAUAGAACAGAUGAAGCAUAAGCACGCAGACAUUCAGACCUUGGAUUAUAUGGUAGCGGACUGCAGAGACAUGCCACAGCUCGAAAACGGCAGCUUCCAGUCCUGCAUCGACAAGGGAACACUAGAUGCCGUGCUCUGCAGCCAGUCGGGACAGGUUGACGCAGUCAAGUAUCUGCACGAGAUUGACAGGCUGCUCCAGCCCAGCGGCAAAUUCCUGCUCAUAUCCCUUGGCGCCCCAGCAGCUCGGCUCUCCCUGCUGCAUAAGCAAUUAUGGGAUGGCGUUCAGGUCCUGCUGCUGCCCAAACCGCUGCUGUACCUCCAAUCCGACGUCACGCUUACUGGCCGUGCACUGCCCUCCCACUGCGCCGCUGAUAAGGACCAGCCCAUCGAGGCGCUCGGGCCCUGGCCCGCGUCCGAGGCGGUGCAGGAGCUGGCGACGCGAAACUUAGACACGCGGGACUACUUUUUCGCGUACAUUUGCACAAAGCCUCCGACGCCAAUCCCGUCGCCGCAGCACCAGUCACCGCAACCAGAAAGUCAGCAGGCAUUGACUCUACAGCUGCAGCAGCAGGCGCUACAGCUGCAGGCGCUGUAG